AUGGCAUCUGGUGCGGCCCGGCUCCUAUUGGUAGCUUUCCUGCUGGGGCUGUGUGCCCUGGCGGAGGCCCAGAAGCCUUCCCCCUGCCAGUGCUCGCGGAUGGACCCCGAGAAGCGAAAAAACUGUGGGUUUCCGGGCAUCAGCAGUGACCAGUGUUUUGCCUCUGGCUGCUGCUUCAACACCUCCAUCCCCAAUGUGCCCUGGUGCUUUGACCCCCUCCCGAAGCAAGAGUCGCAGGAGUGCGUGAUGGAAGUGACCGCGCGCCGGAACUGCGGCUUCCCUGGGAUCAGCCCAGAGGAGUGUGCAGCCAGAAAGUGCUGCUUCUCCGACGACAUCCCAGACGUGCCCUGGUGUUUCUACUCCAUCCCCGUCGAAGCUCAGUGGGCUUGA